CCGGCGCAGCCACACAAUAAACGUUAACGGCCGGAGCACGAGCGGGAGCUGGAUUGGGGUCGGAGCUGCGCGCGCAGGGAUCUUGCCGCGUCCCCCGCCACUCCUGGGACUGGGGCAACAGUGAGUGAGGGGCCGCCUGCCCCCCUCCCCACACAUACAGAUAUACGAUGGAUCAGACCUCUGAUGAAGAUGUGGACCAUGCUGCGGAGGAGGACAGUGAUAAGGAGGACCAGGACUUGGAUAAGAUGUUUGGCGCCUGGCUUGGUGAGCUUGACAAACUCACUCAGAGUUUGGAUACUGGGAAACCUGAAGAGGUGAAGAAAUCCCCCCUUCGGCAAGAAACCAAUCUUGCAAACUUCUCCUAUCGCUUCUCGAUGUACAAUUUGAAUGAGGCUCUGAGCCAGGGAGAUGGAGUGGAUUUGGAUGCUCUCAUGGCAGAUCUCUGCUCUAUGGAACAGGAACUCAGUAACAUCAGCAAAGAACCUUCCAGACAUGACGACAGUGUUGUGAGAAAAUCUCACAAAGAAGAAGUACCUCCUAAGAUAUCCAACAAAGAAGCCAAACCUGCUCAGAAACAAUCUGUCACUCGAGCAUCCUCUAAACAUGGCAGCUUGAAGGGUUCUUAUUCAGUGAGAAGCCCAAAAUCGUUGCAAACCAAUCUUUCACUGGAUGAUAUUACUGCCCAACUGGAACAAGCUUCUCUUAGUAUGGACGAGGCAGCACGGCAGACCAGUGCCCUGACAUAUGAUACAAAACCCUCUCUGCCCAAUCAGCACAGGAGAACGGGAUCAGCUGGAACAGUCAGCGAUACAGACAUCCGCUCAAACAGUACCUCAUCUCGAUCCAGUGUUACUUCUGCCACAUCUAGCCAGGAUUCUUUGGACAUUGACAAGGUUGUCCGACCUCAGGAUCUUGAUUUGAACCAACAAGGUCAACCCACAACAGAGCAUGCUUCCUCAAGUCGUCACAGUAAACAGGUCAGACGCCAUCUUGACUUUGUGGAGGAAGACUUGGAGCUGAGGACUCAUUCCUAUCUGGACAGGGAAACGUCAAUCAUUUUGAGAAACAUAGCUGGGAAACCUUCUCAUUUGCUGACCAAGGAGGAGCAGGCUGCCAGGCAGAAGGCAGAAAAAAUCAGGGUGGCAUUGGAGAAGAUCAAAGAGGCACAAAUCAAAAAGCUGGUGAUACGGGUCCACAUGUCUGAUGAGAGCUCCAAAACAAUGAUGGUCGAUGAAAGACAAACAGUCAGGCAGGUUCUGGACAAUCUCAUGGAUAAGUCCCACUGUGGAUUCAGCUCAGACUGGUCAUUAGUGGAGACAAUCCCAGAACUUCAGAUGGAGCGAAUCUUUGAAGAUCAUGAAAAUUUGGUAGAGAACUUGCUGAACUGGACUCGAGAUAGUCAGAACAAGCUCAUGUUUACUGAACGCAUUGAGAAAUAUGCACUUUUUAAAAAUCCACAGAAUUAUCUGCUGGGGAAGAGAGAGAAUUUUGAGAUGGGAGACCGAAAUAAGGAAGCUUUACUCGAGGAAUUUUUCUGUGGAAGUUCUGUGACUGUUCCAGAGAUUGAGGGAUUGCUUUGGCUGAAGGAGGAUGGCAAGAAAUCCUGGAAGAAGCGCUAUUUCCUCCUCAGAGCUUCUGGAAUAUAUUAUGUCCCUAAGGGCAAGACAAAGACAUCUCGUGACCUGGCUUGUUUCAUUCAACUGGACCACGUGAAUGUGUAUUAUGGACAGGAUUACCGCAGUAAAUACAAGGCUCCCACGGACUACUGCUGCGCUCUCAAGCACCCUCAGAUCCAGAAGAAAUCUCAGUACAUCAAGUAUCUUUGCUGUGAUGAUAUCAGAACUCUUCACCAGUGGGUGAAUGGCAUUCGCAUUGCCAAGUACGGGAAACAACUAUAUGACAACUACCACGAUGCUGUGAAACGAGCUGAAGCAGCGUAUGAAUGGUCAUCCUUAUCCAGUGCCAGUAUGAAAUCUGGGUCUAGUUCUUCCAGUUUGCCAGAAUCCCAUUCAAACCAUUCGAACCAGUCAGAUAGUGGCGUUUCUGACUUACAGUCUACAGGUCAUGUUCGCUCCCAAAGUAUUGUCAGCUCCAUUUUUUCAGAGGCUUGGAAAAGAGGCACACAACUGGAGGAGCAACAGCAGCACUCCAAGAUCAGGACGGACUCAGUAAGAUCCUACUCUUCUUCAAUAGCAUCAACUACCCCUCAGACCAGGAUCAGUGCGCCUCAUGUAGCAUCACAGUCAUCUCCUCCUCCCCCACCACCACCACCACCCCCUCCUGCUGCCCCCUUUAACAAAUACAGCACCAUUAGCAGACAACAGGCAAGCAAACAGCCAGUCACACAUUCCUUUGUUAAUCUGCCCACUAUGGGGCAGCAGGCUAUCCCACCAGCCCCACCCUCGCAGCUGCUGAAGCCACAGUUGCUAGUUGAAAGUGAUGGGCAGAGUAUUCCCCUGCCAGUACCCUUGACUCCUCCACCCCCACCACCCAUUCAAACAAUCCCUGCGGUAGCUGCAUUGAAACCAGAACCAUCCAGUCCUUCCCCCAUACUUCCUGCCUUCACCCCACCACCUCCACCACAGAAAUUACAACAGCAAAACAUUCCAGCCGUUGCGCAGCUGUUGGCUCCUCCUCCUCCUCCUCCACCACCACCUCCCCCUCUGCCAGCUGUAUUGCAGGCCACUGUCCCUAAAAAGAUAGCAGCUCCACUCAGCACCCCUGCAAAUCACCCACCUCAAACAGCUCCUAAACCAGCAGUGCCUAGUGUUGUUCAGAUGGAACCCUUUCCAACACCACCCACUCCCCCAACCCCUCCCCCAACAUCAGCAAAACCACCCAAGUUCUCAGUUGCUCAGAUGCAACUGCCAGCACCCACUCUUCCUUCAUCCCCUCACCUACCUGCACCAAAGCAAGUGGGUGAAGCUACAGACCAAGUGCCCAUUCCUCCUCCUCCCCCUAUAGUAUCCAUUGUGAAACAGUCCAUUAACCAGUUCCAGCCUCCUCCACCACCACCACCUCCUCCACCUGCAAAGACACCAGCAACCUCCCUUCCAGCUCCCAUGUCACCCCCAGCUGUCAAAGCAAAACCCAAAUGGCAGCCUAGUUCCCUCCCAUCACCUGAGUUUCCUCCUCCACCUCCUGAAAGCAGUUUACCCCAACCUCCCCCACCUGCCCCCACUCCUCCUCCCACCCCUAUCAAAUCCACUUCGGUCAAGAAACCGAAAAAAACAUCCAGCCCCAGUGCCAAGAAGCCACCUCCCACACCCCAGAGGCAUUCCAGCAUAAAAGGAUCCAGUUCUGCAGAUAUGAAGGAGUCCAGAACUCCCGUGGAACCCCUAUGCAACAAGUUUGAACAACCAACAGUUUCCUUAGCCUCUCCAGCACCAGAUGCCACAGCUUCACCACCUGCUCCCUCGAAGCCUGGCAAGUUAAAUUUGGCUGCAGUAAAUUUGAUGUUCCCACCAGGUGUGCAGCCAGGUAAAGGUCCAGGAGUUCCAGCUGCUUCAAAGGAGCCUGUGUCUGAGUUUCCCUCGCCACCUUCAGAUUCAGACUUCCCACCCCCACCUCCAGAUUUAGAUCUUCUACCCCCUCCUCCAAUGGAGAUGGCAGCUCCUGGUGGUUUCUCCAAUGUUGUUCCACCUAAAGUAGCUGUAGUAAACCCUCAGCCGCAAACAUGGUCCAAAUCAUCUGUGAAGAAGGCGCCACCACCAGUACUUCCCAAAAGGAGCGACAGCACCCGCUUGACACAAGGAGAGUCUACAGAACACCAGGCUCCUCCCAUCAAUCCAGUACCAGUGUCUCCAAAACCAGCCUUGUCUGUACAGCCUCAUUUUCUGGCUGACCUCAAUAGGACUCUGCAAAGAAAGUCUUUCACCCGGCAUAGCUCAGUAACCUCUGCACGACUAUCCAAAGCAGACAGCAUUACCACCAUGGAUGACAUGGUGCUUCCUCCCCCUCCUCCUGAAUUGCUUUUUGACCAGGAAUCUUCUGGCGCAUAUGCAUCUGGCAACAUCUCAGGCUAUGCAACAUUACGGCGUGGACCACCCCCAGCUCCACCCAAACGGGGAGACAACACUAAGUUGAGUCGGGAUUGUUGAUGACCCAACCGCCUAUGUGCUGUUUACAUGCUGCUCCAUAUACUCCUCAUCUGCAAUAUUCAAAGCGAUAUAUUACUUGACUUUCUUAAAACUCUGGCUGCAUACAUCUUCAACAAAAUUAGAUCACAUUACUCUUUGUAGAAAUCCUCAUUCUUGGAUCAAUGAAGUGUUGUGUUUCACUUGUAAAGUCAAAGUGCUCUACUUGUGUAAAUAUGGAUACUUUGGCAUAUAAUGAGACCCAGUAUUGGGACAGGGUGCUGGAGUUUGUGGUUUAUCUGAAAGUUUCCCAGUUAGUUCAGUGGGGAUAGUUGAGGUGGACCCAGAAAAAAAUGAAUGCUUUCCUUCCACUUAAUCAUAUUAAAAGUCAUUGUGAUUUCA